AUGACAUCUCAACGGCGAUCCAUCUACAUCAGUUCUGCUCCUUCGACAAUAGUGUCGCCUCCCGUGGCCCAAGUCCGGGCUUUUCAUGAGCAGUUCCCCGGAUACCAGGCCAGUCCUCUGGUGCCUUUGCCCGAAGUCGCGCAGGAACUCGGCGUCCGUGCGGUGUAUGUCAAACAAGAAAACAAUCGUUAUGGCCUACCAUCCUUCAAAGUAUUGGGAGCCUCAUGGGCCAUUUACCGGGCGCUUCUGGCGCGCCUGAACCUGCCCCUUGAGACGUCCUUAGAAACCCUCACGGAACGCAUCCGGGCGGGUGAGCCUUUCACAUUAAUGGCCGCCACAGAGGGAAAUCACGGUCGCGCAGUGGCCUGGGUGGCCCGUCAACUAUCUCUACAGGCGCGCAUCUAUGUGCCUCGCACGAUGGUUGCGUACACCCAGGAGAUGAUCCGGUCGGAGGGUGCGGAUGUCAUCGUGGCCGAUGGGGACUAUGACUAUGCCGUGCUGGAGGCCGCCAAGGCAUCUCAAUCGACAAAAAACGCAAUCCUAGUACAAGAUACGGCUUUUGAAGGCUAUGAGGAGAUCCCAGCCUGGAUUGUGGAAGGCUACUCCACGUUGAUGCACGAGGUGGAUGCGCAGCUACAAGCGCUGGAUCAGCAGAACACUCUUGUUGUUUCACCUGCGGGAGUCGGAUCGUUGGCUCAAGCGGUCGCGAUUUACUCCAAGUCGCGCACAAGCCCGGCGACUUUUGUGGCUGUCGAGCCCGAUACCGCUGCUUGUCUGAACCUGAGCCUUAAAACAGGGAAGUCGACCUCGAUCGUCACUAGUCCUAGUAUUAUGGCCGGCAUGAAUUGCGGCACGGUGUCCUCCGCCGCCUGGCCGGUUCUCCAGAAGCUUGUCGACGCCAGUGUCACAAUCUCAGAUUAUGAGAGCCAUCGCGCCGUCCAGUACCUUGCGUCAAACGGAGUAGACUCGGGUCCGUGUGGUGCGGCUAGUCUAGCAGCUAUUCGACGCCUCAAAGCAGAGCAUGAUUCCGCUGCGUACUUUUCCUCGGACUCGGUGGUUGUACUGCUGAGCACUGAGGGUCAUCGUCCCUACCAAGCCCCUGAAGAUGUCUCGUCAGAUGACCCCAUUGUCUUGACCCAGACCCUUACACGGAUUGACUCCUCCAACCCAACAUUGUCCAAGGCCAAGGGAGCCGGCGAGACAGAUGUAGUCAACUACCUGUCGGCGUGGUUUGCGCAUCGUGGCAUCGAGCAUCAUCGCGUGGAAACCAAGCCAGGCCGUCCUUCCGUGGUCGGCAUCGUUAGGGGAACUGGAGGUGGGAAGUCGCUGAUGUUCAACGGCCACGUGGAUACCGUGACCUUGAGCACGUAUGAAGGAAACGGGCUGAGUGGACAUCUCGGGGAGAGGGAUGGCAAACAGGCGAUCUUCGGUCGAGGGACGCUUGACAUGAAAGCCGGAGUCGCCGCAGGACUGGCUGCCUUGGCGAGCGCCCGGCGGUCAAGGCUUGCCGGAGAUGUGAUCGUCACGGCUGUGGCUGAUGAGGAGAAUGCCUCGCAAGGCACGAUGGAUGUGAUCGAAGCUGGAUGGAGAGCCGACGGGGCGGUGGUGCUGGAGCCCACUAAUCUAAGGCUAGCACAUGCUCACAAGGGAUUUGUGUGGGUAGAAUUGGAAGUGCACGGACGCGCAGCGCAUGGCUCGAACCCUGCGGCCGGUGUUGAUGCGAUUAUGAACAUGGGGUUGUUGCUGCAAGCCUUGAAGCAGUAUCAGCAGCAAUUGCCGGUUGACGAGGUGCUUGGUCAGGCUUCGCUUCACUGUGGAGUCAUCAGCGGUGGGGAUGAGGUAUCCUCGUAUCCUGCCAGCUGUAUAUUGACCGUCGAGUUCCGAACUGUGCCCGCACAGACAGAGGAGAUCAUUCUGAAUGAGUUGCGAGACCUGCUUACCCGGAUCAGAAUGCAGAAUUCCGAGUUCCAGUUCAGCGAGCCUCGUAUCACUUUCUCGCGGCCGUGCCAGUACCUCCCUGAGAGUCACCCCCUCGUGCAGCAGGUGGUUAAGAUCAGCAAGGAGGUUCUUGAAGAACCUGUCCCAGUAGUCAGUGUGCCGUUUUGGUGCGAUGCUGCUCUUCUGACACAAGCGGGAAUUCCCAGCAUUGUCUUGGGUCCGUUGGGCGAGGGAUUGCAUGCCAAAGAAGAAUGGGUAGAGGUGAACAGUGUGCGACAACUGACUGAAAUGCUUGAGAAGCAUGAAGAGUGUGCCAGACCCCGUGCAUUAAUUAGUCAGCUCGACAUAGUGGGGGCAACGGCGGGGCAGUUUGGGUCACGGGUGGGGGGUACUUCUAGCCAAGUACGGCAAGCGGUGAAAUGGCAGCCGUCGGACAAUGCAGCAUCUGUCACGCUUCCUAUGGAUCACUCAUUGCUCGACUAUCCUUUCCAGCCAAGUGAUUUGCCUGACGUGCUCUCCACCAACAAUCUCUCGCAACACGACACACUCGCGUCCUUUGAUUACUCACUUGCUGCAGACCCUUCCCUCCCAAUCCAUUCAACCUGUCUCGAUGACGGCUUCGUCAGUGUCUCCCAGUGGCUGGACGGUGCCUAUCGACCCCCCGUGCCGUGCAGCUACUGCCAACGCCACCGACUACAAUGUCUAAUUCUGCGCACCACUUCCGCGAACCCCAACCCGGUCACCUCAUGUUCCAGUUGUGUCGCACUCUAUCGAGAGUGCAGCCUCGCACAAGGCGAGAAGCGGCAGGCUGCAGGAUUCGAAACCAUCUCCCCAGUUUUCGGCCAUCUGCACGGCCUCACGGAAGAGCACGACGGAGGAAUUGCUCCCUCGGAGCUCGGAUUAGAAGCAUCAGCAAGGCAGGUGGACAAUGCUAUUCAGGCUGAGACACAAGUGAGACCGCGCUUCUCGCGCAAGGGGGCCAAAAUCCUGCGGGACUGGUUCUAUCGCAAUCAGCACUUUCCCUACCCAACCGAUGAACAACGCGCCGAGUUCGCCAGUCAGACCGGCUUCACCGAGCGACAGAUCGCAAAUUGGUUUGCCAAUGCCCGCCGACGCCGGAAAAUGGCGUUACGCACGCCGCGGCCCAACCCCGCCACGCCCUCGCCUCGCGGCAGUUCCCCCAUGCCUAUUUCGAGGUACGCGUCUUUGACGCCUAUGGAGCGAUGGCAGAAGUCUCCUCCCGACCAAGAUCCAGUCCCGCAAGCCGUCAUUCAGGAAGCCAUCGCCACUUCGAACCUUCCCCCAGCAGCAGACAGUGAAUUCGGCCAAGGCGAGCGCGUGGAGGCGAGCCAUCGCGGUGACGGCCAUGCUUACUCAAUCUCAAGUCUGGAAAGCGGACAGUUGGAGAGUGCGCGAUCCCAAGCAUCGUCCGACACGGCAUCUUCAGCGGCUUGGAGCUAUAACUCGGAUGAUUAUCUCCCAUUCCCACUGUCUGACAGCCGUCGACGCCGACAGCAUUCUCGACGCAGGCCCUCAUCCACCCACUCACUCGGCGAUCAUCAAUACCAAUGCACGUUUUGCCCUCGAUCCUUCAAGAAAAAGCACGACUGGUGCCGCCAUGAGUCAAGUAUGCACCUCUGUCUUGAGUCGUGGUUUUGUACUGUUGAUACCACUACACCUGUUGAUCUAGAGCCCGUGGAAUGUGAGUUUUGCGAAACUCGACGGCCCUCGCUUGCGCACCUCGAGUCACACGAAUUCGACAUCUGCGCGGAUCGACCGCCGAGCGAGCGAACAUUCGCGCGCAAAGACCAUCUGAUCCAGCAUCUCCGGAAGUUCCACCGGUGCACCAAGGUGCCUGCAGUGAGGGUCCAGGGGUGUUGCUCCACUCGCACCGUUGUGACGAGUCGGUGUGGGUUCUGCGACGCGGAGAUGCGGAGUUGGACUGAGCGAGCGGAUCAUCUGGCGGAUCACUUCAAGAAGGGCCUGCGAAUAAGUCAGUGGACGGGCGGAUGGGGACUGGAUGCUACAUCGCUGGCAAUGCUGAGAGACGCUACCUUGCCGGCUCAGCGAGUGUCCGGGUCGUGAUGGCUAUGCUCAUUCGUUGGAACUGACAAACCUCGCAGCCUUACGCCCUGAUUACCGCCGGAAUCAACAAUACGUCGGUGGCGUAAUGGCCCGGGCAACAUUGCUUAGAUUGUCAUGUCAUUCGAGCUCUGAAAUAGUCGAUGCCUGAUCCACGGCCAACUCUCCACGUGCCUCCGACCGGCGUAGCAGCAGUGCAGUGCCCUGCAUCCUCCGCUCCAUAGAGUCGACACCACUUAAACAAGGAGAUCCCCGGACAUAACCCCUGGGCACUCGUGUUGAACAAAGUGCCGCCCACAAGCAACGCAGCCUAAUAAUGAAGAUAGUCGUCAGCUACAUGAUCGGUGCCUGAGGCCUAUCCCUUUCCAUCAUGAU